GACCACUUGUGGAGGUCACUGUCCUUGUAAAAGGCUCCUCUUGAACAACCGAUUACUGCCUCUUCUCUGAAACCAACCAACCAACCAACCAACCCACCCAAUCCCCUACCCGACUUCGCAACCAUGUUCUCCCGACUGGCACGUCACAUUGCCAACCCCGCGGCCAAGUCCGCGUCGGCUACUGGCCGAAACCUCAUGCAGGUCCGAUACCUGUCCGAGCAGGCCCUUGCUGGUGGCAGCAAGGGCAGGAAUAUGCCGUUUUCCACCCCUCGGGCUACCGCUCCUGUUGACUCUCUCCCUGCUACCCUCACCAUCCGAGUAAGUCUAGAGGCUCUUCUUCUCCCAGAAUUUGGUUGGGGAGAAUCUCGGAGCUAAUCUAGUCUAUCUUAGAAUGGUCCCGUCUUCCAGGGUAAGGCCUUCGGUGCCAACGCCAACAUCUCGGGCGAGGCUGUCUUCACGACUUCCCUCGUCGGCUACCCCGAGUCGAUGACCGAUCCCUCCUACCGAGGUCAGAUCCUCGUCUUCACCCAACCUCUGAUUGGCAACUACGGCGUCCCUUCCAACGAGCGCGACCAGUACAACCUCCUCAAGUACUUCGAGUCCCCUCACGUCCAAUGCGCUGGCGUUGUCGUCUCCGACGUCGCCCUCAACUACAGCCACUGGACCGCCGUUGAGAGCCUUGGCGAGUGGUGCGCCCGAGAGGGCGUCCCUGCCAUCUCCGGCGUCGACACUCGAGAGAUUGUCACCCACCUCCGAGAGCAGGGUUCCUCGCUCGCCCGAAUCACCAUCGGCGAAGAGUACGAUGCAGACGAGGACGAGAGCUUCAUCGACCCUGGCCAGAUCAACCUGGUCAAGCGUGUCAGCACCAAGGCUCCCUUCGUUGUCGAGUCCCCCGGUGCUGCUCUCCACAUUGCCCUCAUUGACUGCGGUGUCAAGGAGAACAUCCUUCGCAGCCUGGUCAGCCGAGGUGCCUCCGUCACCGUCUUCCCCUACGACUACCCCAUCCAGAAGGUCGCUCAGCACUACGACGGUGUCUUCAUCUCCAACGGCCCCGGUGACCCCACCCAUUGCCAGGAGACUGUCUACAACCUCGCCCGCCUGAUGGAGACUUCGUCUAUCCCCGUCAUGGGUAUCUGCCUGGGUCACCAGCUUCUGGCUCUCGCCGUUGGUGCCCGCACCAUCAAGCUCAAGUACGGAAACCGUGCUCACAACAUCCCGGCUCUUGACUUGACCACUGGCCAGUGCCACAUCACCAGCCAGAACCACGGUUAUGCCAUUGAUGCCAGCACCCUCCCCAGCGACUUCAAGGAGUACUUCGUCAACCUCAACGACGGCAGCAACGAGGGCAUGCUGCACAAGACCCGCCCCAUCUUCUCCACCCAAUUCCACCCCGAGGCCAAGGGUGGCCCCAUGGACAGCUCGUACCUCUUCGAGAAGUACCUCCAGAGCGUCCAGCUCGCCAAGAGCAACCAGGUCGUCUACAAGGACAACCGACCCAGCCAGCUGAUGCUUGACGUCCUCAGCCGAGAGCGUGUCGGUGUUGAGCCCAUGCCCCUGGCCGCCUCUGCCUGAGCGACUCGUUUGGAGGUACACUGGCGUCUUGGGGAUUGAUUAGUUAGGGCUGCGAGUUUUGGAAUGUGAGGAUUGGAAACUUUUCCAAAUGGAUACGUUGUAGUUAUGAAGCUGGAAAUCACAAAUUGAAUACCACCAGAGUUU